AUGUUAACAGUGGAGAAGCGUGGGUGUUUUCAUUUCUUGGGGAAAAUGAAGUGCUUCUUAUUCCCUCUUGGGGACAAGAAAGAUGAACAGAGGAGCCCUAAACCGGUUUCACCCACGUCUCACUUCUCUGGAACGAGCACGGUUUCAUCCACUGGGAGGAACUCGAACCCGAGCAUCUCCGCCAGAGAAAACAAUCUCAGAGAGUUCACCAUUUCUGAUCUCAAAUCCGCCACAAGGAACUUCAGCCGCUCUGUUAUGAUCGGGGAAGGCGGUUUCGGCUGUGUCUACUGGGGAACAAUCAAGAGCUUAGACGACCCGUCAAAGAAAAUCGAAGUCGCGGUUAAGCAGCUCGGCAAGAGAGGCUUACAGGCAAGGCUCUUCUUCUUCUUCUUCUUUGCACAAGACGCAGCUCGGGGUUUAACAUACCUCCACGAAGAAAUGGACUUCCAAAUAAUAUUCCGUGACUUCAAGUCGUCUAACAUUCUCUUAGACGAGGAUUGGAAAGCAAAGCUUUCGGAUUUCGGUUUGGCUCGCUUAGGUCCUUCACCAGGAUCAACCCAUGUUUCUACUGGUGUAGUAGGAACAAUGGGUUACGCAGCUCCAGAAUAUAUCCAGACCGGUCGUCUCACAUCUAAAAGCGACGUGUGGGGCUAUGGAGUUUUCAUUUAUGAGCUCAUUACAGGAAGGAGGCCGCUUGACCGGAACAGACCUAAAGGAGAGCAGAAGCUUCUAGAGUGGGUGAGACCUUACUUAACCGACACAAAGAGGUUUCGGCUCAUAGUAGACCCGAGGCUCGAAGGCAAAUACUUGAUCAAACCGGUCCAGAAACUAGCGGUUGUAGCCAACCUUUGCCUUGCUAGGAACCCAAAGACCCGUCCAAAGAUGAGUGAGGUGUUAGAGAUGGUGACGAAGAUUGUGGACGCUUCUUCGCCUGGGAAUGGUUCCAAGAAGCAGCUGCUGGUUCCGCUCAAGAGCCUAGAAGCUUCUAGAGACGAGGAAGGGAAGAACAAGAGGGUUCUUGAUGGUGACGAUGGAGGUUGGUUAGAAAAAUUAUGGAACCCAAAGAAUGUGAGAGCUUGUUGAUUUGAAGUAAAGUCGGAAACAACUUUUAGUACACUACAGCCUUCUCUUAUUUUCUGUAUUUUAAGAAAUUCUUUUUUUCUUUCUUUUUGUUUACUUGUUAAUUUGAAUUUGUAACUUAAAAUGUUGGUGUGGCGUUUCAGUAUUAAGCAUAACAAAGGAGACAGAUGUAUUGAGCUGAUAUGUCUUAAUUUUUUGUGUUCAAUUGAAUAAUAACAUCACUAGUAAUUAGUAAAGCUCCUUAACUUUUC